AAAAGAAUAAGAAUAGAGACAAAGGUGGAAGGUGCUUGCAUAGUUUGGUUUGAACUUCCUAGUUUGAAAAAGAAACAUUCUUGAAAGCAAAGGGUAGGUUGUUGAAGUUCCUUCAAUUCAUUGCUGUCUCCGGUGAACCCUUCCAUCUAAACCAGCUCUUCCGCCGUCCACGGUGGCCGCCGACUUGCUCCGGCAACCUAGGUUAACUCGUGAACCUUCCGUUCAUCUCAGCUAACUACAACACGCUCUGCUUCUUCUUCAUCAUCAUCAUCAUCCCUUUCUUUUUUUUUGCUGUUCAUUGCAGUCCACAAAAACCACACUCUAUUUGGAAAGUUUUGCCUUUUGGUGGUUAGAGAGCCCUCUGGCAUCUCAAUGAUGAUGCCAGAAUCAUCAAAGGAGAUGGAAAAACAUGCAACCCCGGGUCAUCAUGGGAGAGGGAGGGGGAGUAGUGAAUAUGUUAGACUCGUCAUAUCUGAUGAACCGAGGGCUGUUGAAACUGAGAUGAUACAGCCUCGAGAAGAAUCAAGAAUAAAUUCUUUCAGGUGGUGGAUGAAAGUCCUUUUAUGGUGCCUUGCCUCUGUUGUACUUGGUCUUGUUCUGCUGAAAUGGGGAGUGCCAUUUGUUUUUGAAAAGAUUCUUUACCCGACCAUGGAAUGGGAAGCGACUGCCUUUGGUCGUCCAGCUCUUGCCCUUGUACUAGUUGCUUCUCUGGCUUUAUUCCCAGUAAUAUUAUUCCCUUCUGGCCCUUCUAUGUGGUUGGCUGGGAUGAUUUUUGGUUAUGGCCUUGGCUUUGUUAUCAUAAUGGUUGGAACAACCAUUGGGAUGGUCCUUCCUUACUUAAUUGGACUAUUAUUCCGUGACCGUAUUCAUCAAUGGUUAAAGAAAUGGCCCCAGAAUGCUGAAAUGAUUAGGCUUGCUGGGGAAGGGAGCUGGUUCCAUCAAUUUCAAAUGGUUGCCUUGUUUAGAAUUUCACCUUUUCCAUAUACUAUAUUCAACUAUGCUAUAGUAGUGACAAAUAUGAGGUUUUGGCCCUACUUAUGUGGAUCCAUAGCAGGGAUGGUUCCAGAAGCUUUCCUCUACAUCUACAGUGGUCGAUUAAUAAGGACCUUGGCGGAUGCACAGUAUGGGAAGCACCACUUGACCACAGUGGAAAUCGUGUACAACAUUAUUUCUUUCAUCAUUGCUGUUGUGACCAUUGUUGGCUUCACAGUUUAUGCAAAAAGGACCCUGAAUGAACUCAAAAUGGCUGAGGCCAAUGAAGAAGCUGCCUCUGUUUCUGGGAAUGCUAGUCUUGAGAUAGAAAAGGCUUCCCAUUGAAAUGAACCUUAGCUAAUGUAGCAUGAGUGUAUAUUUUUAUGUAUCUAAAAUUUGGUUUAGGACUACUUUCUCAUAUUCCACUGGGCCCUUUACUAAUUUUACUAGAAUGAGCAUCUGGGAUAGAAAGGCAA